AUGGCUGAUGAGAUCCAGUUUGGUGAUAAAAUUUGCAAUGUUACCGAUGCGGGCAAAUCUUACAUCAAGAGGCACCAUUUGAAUAUAUCCUUCAGUUCAUUCUGUGAAAACAAAUCAAAGUGUGAAAAUCCAAGUUAUUCCAGUUAUUGUGAAUGGCAUUAUACUGGUACUGGUUUGGAAUAUCAGCUCUUAGCUGGUCCACUCUUUGCAGUGUUAUUUAGUGUGACAGGCAUACCUUUUACUGCACUGAUGGAGAAAACUACUGUCAAUAGAAAAGAUGUCAUAAUCAUAUCCAUCACAAUGUGGAGCUUGAUGGGCCUAAGAGGAUUGGGUUUAGGUGUAUUUCAAUGGGGUGUUUAUAUCGGUCUGGGAUUAGCAUUUGUCUUGGAUUUGAUAGUGGAUGUACUGGGCUGGAGAUGGGCUUAUUGGCUUUGUGCAUUUCCUGGUUUUAUCUUAGCGUUGCUUACUAUUGUUACAGUAAAGGAACCUCCCAGACAAAUUGCUAAUUAUCAAGUUGAACAACAUGUGCAGCUUAAAGAAAGCCCACAACAACCGUUUUGGAGUGUCUUGUUUGUACUAGUACUAAUAACAUCUUCACUGAGGUGUGGCGGUGGCUACAAUUUCAACUACAAUGCUGCAAAUUAUUUCCGCUAUUAUUAUCCUGACUAUCCAUAUGAACAUUUCAUGUCCUGGAUCCCAGCUGUGUUUGGAAUACUUGGAGCAUUCUUGGGUGGUAUUCUUUCUGAUAGAGCGGCACUUGGCAGAGGAUACGUUGGAAGAAUUUAUGUAUUUAGUGUCAGCAUUUUGGUGUCUAUUCCCCUCUCUAUUGGAGUUCUUCUUCUGGAUCCACCAUGGUGCUUUGCGGUGAUGAUGCCAAACUUUAUAGCUGUAGGAAUGUGGGGUUGUUGUGCAACAUCAACAGUGGUCGAACAGGCCCCUAAAGGCCGCCAAACUCUUGCAAUGGCAUACUACAUAUUUUCCAUCAAUAUGCUUGGAGGAAACAUGAAUGUUCUUAUACCAGUGUUGAAAUCUGCGAUAGGACUUCGCUAUGCCCUUCUUGUUAUGUAUCCGGGCAUGUAUGUUCUGUCCUUAUGCUUCUGUUUAUUGUGUAUUCCGUUCGCUAAAAGAAAGAUAAAGGCCCAGAAAGCUGCUGAAGCAAGUGAUGAGGAUGAGAGAAAAACGUUACUUGGCAACCAAGUAGUAACUUGA